AUGUCUAGGUGUUGUGGCUUGAAGUCCUCUUCUAUGGAAUCGUCGCCAUCAGAACCAAUCUCGGAGGUGAGGGAAAAUUCACCAAGUACUGAGAACAUGGCAUUCUUGGUCUGUGCGCUGGAGAGUGUAGUAGUGGGCGAUGAGGAAAGCUUGUUUCUCUUGGGUUGGGACAUAGAAAUCUUCUUUUGGUGGCUGGAAGGUGACAACACCGGUACGGCGGCUGGGAAGAUCAUCAUAUGGUAG